AUGCGAAACACCACCUGUAGCCUGCCAAAUGGACUCAAGUUCACAGUAUCGCCUGUCUUCGGUGGCAUAACCUUCAAAUCAAGCGAUGUCACCCCGCACAAGCUCACUCUUUUCCCACCAGGCUGGACAGUCAUGAUACACAGUGGAAAGGAAAGUACUGAGCUUGAGAAGCAAGGUACAUCGCAGGAUGAACAUGAAAAUGAACAUGAACAGCCUCACAGCGUAAGCACUACCCGCUUCACUACGCCGACAUUGUCAGGCGAUUGCCUCUACAUCUCGUAUACAGUCAGCCCACCAGACAGUGACUUCCGGCCUCCAAUAUCACCCACUCGCCAGAUUGCUAUGAUGCUCUGGGCCACGCUGUGGUGGUACUUUCAUGAGCCUCAGCCAGAUCUACAUCAAGUGACAGCAGCGUCGAGCUCAACGCCCCAUGAUGGCCGGCCGAAGGGUGACUGGCGGGUGAACAUCAAAAGAGAGGGCAUCUUCAAGGGUCGAAAUCUGCUACAGAAGCUUGAACGUAUGGGUUUGAUAGCAAGCGAGGACUCUUCCGUCGGCCUGCAGCCCAUUGAAACCCAAGACUCGAGCAGCUGGACAAAUCUGUUUGUCAGUCGCCGCGCCUUCUGGCAACUUGACCCGCGUCUUUUCCUAUUUACCCUUCUUCCUCGCGGUAGCCCACCGUCUCCAAGCUUGACCCCGUCUACUCCAGUGCAGCUUGAUUCUCCGGUACGUGAUGGGCUGCCACAGACUCCAACUCUACCACCCACCCAGGUAAUUUUCCACUCUGGAACUGCGGGCUCUUUCACGUCUGGUGGUCCCUUCUCAUCUGCAAGUCACCUGCCAACAUACUACCCACCAACUCCGACACAAUACACAAUUACGAACAACGUGCGCCAUCCAUUGCGGCCAAAACCACCCCAUCAAGGCGAGAUUUUCUACACCCGCCAUGUGCCCAGCGUAGAUCAGUAUAUCGCCUUCCGGAUACCCUUCCUCCCCAUGAUCAAGUCCGCAGCUGGGAAAGGUAGUCGCCCAUCGACGCCCAUCCAAGCAGCUAACUCGUCAUUCUCAGGUAUCGAGCAGCAUCUGUACCAAGGCGCAUCGUCUGAUCUGGAAAUCCUGCAUCGCUGGAUGAACGACCCCCGCGUCGAGGCUAUGUGGGGAGAAGGUGGUCCGCAGUCUGUGCAGGAGAAAUUCCUCAUGGGUAAUCUGACCAGCCGACACAGCUUCCCUGUGUUCGGAUGCUGGGAUGGGAAGCCAUUCGGAUAUUUUGAGAUCUACUGGGUGAAAGAGGAUCGGCUGGGCCGGCUUCUAGAUCGCGUGGAUAACUAUGACCGCGGUAUUCACCUGCUUGUUGGUGAGCAAGAGUUUCGUGGUCCGCACCGAGUUGCUAUUUGGCUCUCAGCUUUGGUGCAUCACUGCUUCCUCUCGGAUAUGAGGACUGAGGCGGUUUAUUUGGAGCCGAGAGUUGAUAAUGCGAAAAUCAUUGGAUAUCUUCAAGAUGUGGGCUUCUAUAAAGAGGGUGAGGUUAGUUUCCCUCAUAAGCAAUCUGCCGUCAUGAAGAUUAAACGCGAGUUUUGGGAAGCACCGGCUUUAUAA